UGUUGAAAGGGCAGGGGCCGGCGGCGGGCGCGGGCCGGCAUUAGCAUGGGGUCGCGAAGGGCCCCCGGCCGCGGCUGGGGCUCGGGCGGACGGUCCGGGGCGGGGGGCGACGGCGAGGACGACGGGCCCAUGUGGAUCCCCAGCCCCGCGAGCCGCAGCUACCUGCUCAGCGUGCGGCCCGAGACCAGCUUAUCAAGCAACUGGUUGUCUCACCCCAGCUCUGGAAGGAGCACCUUCUGCUCCAUCAUUGCUCAGCUAACAGAGGAGACCCAGCCGCUAUUUGAGACCACGCUCAAGUCCCGGGCUGUGUCCGAGGACAGCGACGUUAGAUUCACCUGCAUCGUCACAGGAUACCCAGAGCCAGAGGUGACCUGGUACAAGGAUGACACAGAGCUGGACCGCUACUGUGGCUUGCCAAAAUACGAGAUCACUCAUCAGGGCAACCGCCACACGCUGCAGCUCUACAGGUGUCGAGAAGAAGAUGCAGCCAUCUACCAGGCCUCUGCCCAGAAUGCCAAGGGAAUUGUGUCCUGCUCGGGGGUCUUGGAGGUGGGCACCAUGACCGAGUACAAGAUCCACCAGCGCUGGUUCGCCAAGCUGAAGCGCAAGGCUGCGGCAAAGAUGCGUGAGAUCGAGAAGAGCUGGAAGCACGGGAAGGAGGCCGUGGAAGAGGCCGACACCCUGCGCAAGCUCAGCCCCGACCGCUUCCAGCGGAAGCGGCGGCUGAGUGGGGCCGAGGUGCCAGUCCCCUCGGCCCCCACCCGGGAGGUCGACAACGGGACACCGGUGGCUUGGCAGGAGGGAGAGACGGAGCCUGGUCAGCACCCAGGUUUGGGCCUGAUCAACAGUUUUGCUUCUGGAGAGGUGACCACCAACGGGGAGGCUGCCUCUGAGAACGGGGAGGCUGGGGAGCAUGGCCUGUUGACAUACAUCUGUAAGGCCAUGGAGCUGGGGCCUCAGAGAGCCCCCAGAAAGGAGUCUGGGGCCAAGAAGAAAAAGAAAGAUGAGGAACCUAAGCAAAGUGUACGAAAGCCAGAGGUAGAGGGGGCAGCUCGAAGCCACUGUUCCUCUGAAAACUGUGUCCCCAGUUCAGACAAGUCUGAUUCCUGUGGGACACAGGGGCCCAUGGACAUGGAGCAGGUUCAGACCCGGCCCAGGGGCAGGGCCACGGCCACACAGGGGCCUAGAUCCUCUGGAGCAGAUGGCACCAGGAAGCCAGCCUCUGCUGUGGGUACUCAAGACCAGGCCCAGAAUGCCCCUGUCCCAGGCCCAGACCAGGAAGUGUAUUUCUCCCUGAAGGACGCGUAUCUGGAGAGCACCCAGGCAGACAAGCCUCAGGGGGAGGAGGGGACCCAGACCCCCAGUGGCAGGACACCUGGAGAGAUGCCCUCAGGGAAGGUAUCCAGCAAAGCCAGAGGUGAGAGGGAGCCUGCUGUCCCUGGCCAGCCCACGCCCUCAGCCCCACAGCAGACUAGGGCCUUCAACAGGAAGAGAUUUGCUCCUCCGAAGCCCAAAGGGGAGCCCACCACCAGCUGCAAGCCUGAUUCUUCCCCAAGUCAAGAUCCAGAACCUGGGGCUCAGAGCUCAGGAAAGGCCCCACCUCAGGCCUCUGCCCAAGUGCCCACACCCCCCACCCGGCAGAGACACAGCACCCAGGAUAGCCCCCUGCGGGGGCAGGCAAGCCACAGGACUCCAGGAAAGGUCCAGGAGUCCCAGGCAGCCAUGGCUCCUACCACAUUGGCCAGCAGCAGCUCUGAUACGGUCUCUGCUGGUUGCAGCACCUCCAGAAGUCAAGACAUCAUUGAGCCCAUGGACACAGAAACCCAGGAGGAUAGGAGAGCAUCUGCUGAUCAGAACACUGGAGGCAAGAAGAAUACAGAGGUGGAUAGGAAGAUGCAGGUGGGUGGGAGGAUGCAGGGAGAUGGAACACAGACCAACCAGAGCACAAAGGCAGAUAGGAAGACACAGGGGGAUGUUGUGACACAAGAAAGUGAGAGGUCAGAGUCAGGCAGGAAUUCCCAGGAGGACGUAAUGGCGCAAGGAAAGGUGGGGACCCAGGCAGAGGAGAGGACACAGGCAGACAGAAGGGUGCAGGAAGACAAGGGGACAUGGUCAGAGGGGAGCAUUCCCACAGCCAUGAAAUGUUGGUCAGAGAAGGCGUCCAUGACCGGUAUCAGCCCACAGUCCAGGGCCCCCAAACACCCACCUUUAGAGGAUCCUAGGUCCCCUCAGAUUGUUGAAUGCUUUGAGCAGACCCCAGAAGAGUUCUCUGUCCCAGACAAACCUGAUUUUAUGUUCAGAUCUGACGAGGCAGCAGGAACAGCCUCCGGGAACCAUGAGGAAACUGUGCCGGGUCCCCUGGCGGGGGGCCUCAUACGCAGGGCACAGCUGCCUCCUGAGGGUAGUUUGGAGCAGGUAGGAGGAGAGAGAUGUCAAGGGCCGGAGCAGUCGGGUCCAGUUAAGGACAAGCCCGAGGAGGGCCUGUCCCAGGGCCUCAAGCAGGAACAGCCAGGAGAAGUGCCGCCUGUGGAUCUGGGUGGCUGUCCUCCAGCGGGCCUGAGCCCCCAGGCGCCCACUCUGCCCUCUCUUCCUGGGGCUGGCCUGACUGAUAACUCACAGCAGCAGCUGCCCAGCACCCCAGCUUCUCAGCACAUGAGCACAGCUGCCUUCCUACCCUCUGGGGACCAGGCCUCGCUGAGUUCUGCCCCCCCACUACACCUGGGGCCGGGCACCCCCAGCCGGAGUCACCCGCCAGGAACCAGGGCAGCAGAGGCUGAGGGGGCCUGCGCCAAGGUGCCCGGUGUGGAAGGGAGGACUUCAGGCCCCCAGACCUGUGACCCUGGCCUCAUAGACUCCCUGAAGAGCUACUUGCUCCUGCUGCUGAAGCUAUCCAGCUCAGAGAUGAGUGGCGGGGGCCCAGGGACCCAGGGGGAUGCUGCCCCUGGGGAUCAGGCACCCUCACCCUCUCUGGCCCCCACCAUGGAAGUGGCCGGUCUGAGUCCCCGGACGUCACGGCGCAUCCUGGAGCGUGUGGAGAACAACCGUCUGGUGCAGAGCGCGCAGACCCUGCUGCUGAGCCCCUGUACCUCCCGCCGCCUCACCAGCCUCCUGGACCGUGAGGUGCAGGUUGGCCGUCAGGCCCUCGCUUCUGCCCGGUGCCCUGGCCCCAGCCCCCUCUCUGUCCCUGCCAUCGUGGUAGGUGAGGAGGAAAGCCCCGGGCUGGCCUCAGGAGGAUCCAGUGAGGGUGAGGGAGAGGUUUCCCUUGAGGGGCCUGGCCUCCUGCUGACCUCCCAGGAGAGCGGCAUGGGUGGGCCGCUGGGGGGCGUGGGUGGGCAGGCAGCCCCUGGGCAGGGACUGCUGUCAGCAGAGAGCAGAGCCCAGGAGCCCUUUGGAGAGGAGGAGAUCCCAGGGGAAGCUCUGACAGAUAUCCCUGCAGCUACGCCUGAGGAACUGGCUCUGGGGGCCCGGAGGAAAAGGUUUCUCCCUAAGGUCAGAGUGGCAGGAGACGGGGAGCCAACCAAGCCCGAAGAAAGGGAGAGCCCCUCGGGUUCCCCCCGGGGGCCCCGGAAGGGCCUUGCACCUGGGUCCCCGGGGAGUCCAGGGCGGGAGAAACGCUCCCCUACUCAGGGCAGAAAGGCAGGCAUGCUGGAGGUGCCGCGGGCAGAGGAGGAGCCGGCAGCAGGGGCCCUGGGCUCCAGCCCCAGAGCCAGAGACCUGGAAGCAGAGCUGGCCCUGGAGGAAGGCAAGCAGGGCACUCCGGCCAAGCCAAGGAGAGCCAAAGACCUGCUAAAAGCCCCACAGGUGAUCCGGAAGAUUAGGGUGGAGCAGCUUCCUGAUGCCUCGGGCAGCCUGAAGCUCUGGUGCCAGUUUUUCAACAUUCUUAGUGACUCAGUCUUGACGUGGGCCAAGGAUCAGCGCCCAGUGGGCGAGGUGGGCAGGAGUGCAGGGGAUGAGGGGCCAGCGGCCCUGGCCAUUGUGCAGGCGUCCCCCGUAGACUGUGGCGUGUAUCGAUGCACCAUCCACAAUGAGCAUGGCUCGGCCUCCACUGACUUCUGCCUCAGCCCCGAGGUGCUGUCAGGAUUCAUCUCCAGAGAAGAAGGUCAAGUUGGAGAAGAGAUUGAGAUGACCCCCAUGGUGUUUGCUAAGGGUCUGGCUGACUCUGGCUGCUGGGGGGACAAGCUCUUUGGGCGCCUGGUGAGCGAGGAGCUACAAGGGGGUGGACACGGGUGUGGCCUUCGGAAGGCCUCCCAGGCCAAGGUCAUCUACGGGCUGGAACCCAUCUUCGAGUCAGGCCUCACGUGCAUCAUCAAGGUGUCCAGCCUGCUUGUGUUUGGGCCCAGCAGUGAGACUUCUCUCCUGGGCAGAAACUAUGACGUCACCAUCCAGGGGUGCAAGAUCCAGAACAUGAGUCGAGAGUACUGCAAAAUCUUUGCGGCUGAAGCCCGGGCUGCACCUGGCUUUGGGGACGUGCCUGAGAUCAUCCCACUGUAUCUGAUCUACCGGCCUGCAAACAGUAUCCCGUAUGCUACCCUGGAGGAGGACUUGGGCAAGCCCAUGGAGUCUUACUGUUCCCGGGAAUGGGGCUUUGCUGCGGCUCCAGCAGCAUCCAGCAGCUCUGAGGCCAUGCAGAAAUGCCAGACCUUCCAGCACUGGCUGUAUCUGUGGACAAAUGGCAGCUUCCUUGUCACAGAUUUGGCAGGGGUUAACUGGAAAAUGACUGAUGUGCAGAUUGCUACCAAACUGCGAGGAUACCAAGGCCUCAAGGAGAGCUGUUUCCCUGCCCUGCUGGACCAGUUUGCCUCUUCCCACCAGUGCAACACCUUCUGUGAGAUGCUGGGGCUAAAACCUCUCAAGGGCCCUGAGGCUGCCCACCCCCAAGCCAAGGCCAAAGGCUCCAAGAGUCCAUCUGCCGGCAGGAGGGGCCCCCAGCUGAGUCCUCAGCCCCAGAGGAAAGGCCCCCCCAGUCCCCAGGGCACCCAGAAGAAUGCCCCAAGCUCCAAGGCCCAGAGCAUGCGGUAGCCCCCAUAGGAGGCUGGGGGCCUCCACCCAGCAGCAGACCAACAAGGAAGCAGCUCGAACCGAUGGAGACGUUCCCAGUACAGGACUAACCGGAGCAGGUGCACUGAGGAGGCACCACUCGGGGCCUCUGCCCGCAGCCUCUCCUCACUCAGCUCCUCAUCAGUUGCUUGGUGCAUGACACCCAGCCCGGUGGCCUCUCCUGGUGCCAUCGUCACCACGGCUCCCAGGCCCUACCUCCCAGGGCCUGCAGCCUAGUCCUCCUUGAAGUUUACACUGGCCACUGCUGGAGGCUCCCUGAGUCCUCUGCAUGAGUUCUGCAACCAAUCCCUUGCCCCAGGCCCUGCCAUGAAUGUUUCAGUCUGGGGGCACACAGGCCAGCACCUACCCUUUUCCUUUCACUUGGCCCUGAUCCCUCCCUGUCCUCAGGGCUCCAGACUUCCUCUGCGAUGUCUGGCCUGGUGACUCUCAGGGUGUCUUUUCCUUCGAGUCAUUUUGCCUCAUUCAUCCCAGCUUAUCUUGCAACUAACCUGUCCCUGAGCCUGAAUGGGGCUCAGAGCCCUUCCAGAGACUGUCAUAUCCUUGUGCAGUGGUCUUUGGUGAUGUGUGUUUAUGCUCUUCCUUCCCCCAUCACUCAGGCACUCAGUCACCUGCUUCCCAUGCUCCUUUGCACCCUGUCCCCCGUCCCUGGCUUUGAGCCCAAUUGCAGCCUGUUGCCUGCCUUUCACUGAGUUCUGUUUGUUCCCCUGCCCGAGGGCUUCCCUAGCCUGACCCCCACCCUACCCACCAUACCUAGGUAAGGAGCAGACCCUCUGGCCUCUCAGCCCACCCCAGGACACUCCUCCCCUACUUCUCCCAGGCCCUCUGCCCGUGAGGUGAGAGCUGGCAUGAGGGUUGCAUCAGCAGCUGUGGCCAGAGGGAAGGUGUUGACUUUGUGGGACCUUGUGCUCCAUACUGAAAGGAGGUGGGGUCACAGUGAAUUUCACAUCUCCUCUUGACCAGGGAUAGAGGGCUGGGACUCUUCUCCAGAGGGCGUGCACCUGGGAGUUGUAGGAAGAAUGCAAUCCACCCAUGUGCAGGGUGGAGGAGUGGCUCUGUGCCUGGGAAUUAGGACCCCUGCCCCUAAUCAUUAGCUCUUGAACCUGGGACUCCAGCUCUGGGCCUCAGUAUAGGCUCCCAAGGAAUUGCUGUGCUCGGCCCAGCACCCUGGGCCCUUCCUGAGAAUCCUUCCUUGAGGCCUGGGAUGGGGUGGGUCUGGAGCUAGCCUGCUCCCCUUAGAAUGCAAUAAAGGCAGCAACUGUGUAUCUUGCUCGCCCUUAUCUGGUGUGGUUGUAGGUAUAUGGGGUCAGGGUCCCGUCUCCCCAGGCGGUUCUCUGAAGGUGUCCUACAGUCCCUGGACCCACUGGAAAAAUGAAUCCAUGUUUUGGAUCCUAGAUUGGCAUUCAGGCUCAGCCUUGCAUGGCCACAGCUAGACAGUCUGUGCUUCUUGUACUAAUGGACUGAUGGCUUGUGCCCCUUACGAGGGCGCUUAGGCCUUUGGAAUUGCUCAUUCAUUUGGAAGAGGAAUGCAAAGGAAGGAACCCAGGAAGGAAGAGCAGAGCUGGGGCUCUGGGGAAACGCCCAGUGUUUUUGGCUGCCUCCACUGGGGCAAGACCAACCCAGAGGAUGACCAGCUCCUGCCUCUCAGCUACUCACUGACUGUUUCCUGCCUCCCAAGCUGCAGAGGCUUCUCAUUCCCAGCCCCACCCCAUCACCCAGGCCUUUCCUUGCCUGAUCUUUACCCCCCUCCAUUUGACAUUUCUGACUUCUCUACCUCCUCUUGUGCUCAAGUGACUCUGCCCACUUUUUCCUCUUGCUCCCAACUCUCCCAACCUGCAUAUCCAGAUUGCCUUGGUGAACUGAGAGCUGGAAUAUUGUUGAUUUAUUUAUUCAUCCAUCCAUUCAUUCGGCAGACAUACUGAGCAGACUUACUUUAUGCCAGACCCUGAGCUGACCAUGGUUGGGAGGCAAAGAUGCAUGAGAUGGUCUCAAAAGAGGCACUUUCCAUUAGGUUUCUUGGGUUUUGAGCAACAGAAAUGGACUUGGACCUUCAUGGGAAGGGUGUUGGGGGUAGUUCACAGAACCAAAGGAAUAGCUGAACAGUUGGCCUUUAGGAGAGGAGCCAGCUUAGCUCCAGAGCUUGCCUCCCAGGAGCUGCUGCCUUUGGCUCCAGUGGGUCUCCCUCCACUCAAGGUUCAAAUUCCUGUCCUGGAGCUCAGGGCAUCGUGGACUGGGAAAGAGGUAGUUUUCCAAAGGAUGGAGAUUCUUACCAGAAGAAUGGUGGAGGGUGGAAGGGUAGAAAGGGCUUGGCAGGCAACCACAGAAGAUACCCUCACACACACACACACAGACACAAACACACACACACCUUUCUUCCCAUCUGAUGCACUACAACUCUCUCACAUACAACCAAAAGCAAAUUGCUCUCUGCGUGGGGAGACCAUUCAAGGUCAUAGUCAAUGACUAAGUCCAGGGGUAAUGACCAGGGCUACCAUUCUCCAAAGUCUAGUGUCACUAAUGAUACUCUUCCCUCUUUUAUCACAAUCUCCUUUUGAAAUUCUGUAACCUCUGGAAAUUAUAUAACCCAACAAGAAGGGAAGUAUGAGUAAAGGCUAUAGUCCACUUCUGUAACUGGUCAUGAGAACUAAUAUUUAUGACUAGGGAUUUUUUUGCCCUUUGGAGUGACCCAAAUCUUCAGUUCCAAAGUCCAGUUCCUAAGCGGUCCUUCCUGUGUGGCAGGCAUUAGCCACUGGACAUGGCAGUACCAGGAAGCACUUUAGGAAACCCCCACGUCCAUCUGUACCCUGCCCCCUUUUAAGUAGCCACAAUCAUAUUUUCCCUUGAUAGAGUUAAUCAUCCUAGCUACUCCUACGUGUCCCUAUAUUUACUCGUAUCCUAGAUAUACUCCUAUCCUAGCUAUGUGUGGCUCAGAUACAAGCAACCUGAGACGGCCAGGUGCCUAGGCUUCUAAUUCACUUGAAUCAUUACUAUGAAUUUUUGAAGAUAUGCUUUCUUGGGAACUAAAACCUCUACACCAGUCUGGUCCUAAAC